CGAACUCUCGCGACAACAGGACCAGGAAACGUCUUUAUUUAUCAGGUUCUAGGAUGGCUGCGACUCAGCGGUUCUCUCUUCCUCUCUGCUUUUCAGUCGAUGUUGUGGUGUUGUUAGUCGCUGGUCCGUCGUUCUGAAUCCACGAUUUUCUUCAGUUGCUUCAGCUGGCAAUACUGGUCCCUCACAAUGCAUCGCAAGAGGUUUUCAUGUCUCCUGGAUACACCAUUGUAACCACUGUCAACACAUCCAACCGUCCUGGGCUGCACAGCCGUGUAGUUUGAAGUUUCUCUCUGGUUUGGUCUCCACAAUCGUAGGAAAGUCAUGUCUGGUCCAGGUGACUUACCAGCUCUAGAAGGUUCUGGAAUGGGUGGGAUGAAGCUUCCGAUUGGGAUGACUCGAAGAGCGCUCAGUUACGAUGACAACCUGGAGGCCCCCAUGUCCACACCACCACAUGACAUCAACAUCAACAAUCUGUGGAGACGACCCGUCAUACCAGAAAGGAAGUUCACACAUCUGGCUGAGGAGGAUGAGAGUGGUGCAGUGAAACUGCCCUCGCUGCCUGACAGCGCCCACUCCAGGCCACAAGGAGUAGUGAAAACCAAGGCCUCUUCCAUCAUAAUGAAUUCCCUCAUGACCAAACAGACUCAGGACAGCGUGUACAAAUUUGAGCAGAGGGCCGGGCUGUCGGACACUGGCUACACACCUCACAAAGGCCUCACCGCGGAGGAGACCAGACACCUCCACCGCAUGCCUGAGUCCCUCCAGAAACUACAGAUUCAAAGCAUGGAGUCACGAGAAGAUCGACAGAGCUCCUCUGCCCAGUCCACUCCAUCUACCACACCACACAGCUCUCCAAAACAACAACGCAGGUACAAACCCACGCAUACACUACUAAUACCUAGCUCCUCCAGCAGCAGCAUAGACAUGGCAGAUGGAGGAGCCACAGCAGGAGGUGCUGUUGAAAAGUGGAGCAUUUUCACUCCACGUCCUCUGGUCCAAAAGUCGACCUCUGACCUGGGAUCUGAUGGUUCUAGUGGAGCCUUUGCUCUGCAGCCGUACCGUGGCGCCCAGAAGCCAACGCCAAUGGAAGUGAUGAAGUCCCAGUCCACUCGUCGCACAGACGGUUCCACCUUUCCAAACAUGGCUCCACCAAAAAUGGAGAUCCCCACGGUGGAAGGUCGGCAUCAGGGAGCUCGACCUCACAAGUUAAAACCACGAGACAUGAACAUCCUGAUGCCAUCGGGUUUCUAAAAGGAACCGUGCCAGGUAUUCUGUGUGACAGGGGUGCAACAGUGAGGUACAAAAGGUCAUAUAAAAUGAAUGUGUGUCAUCAGGUGCCCACAUGUCCAUG